AUCUCUCAUUGAAAACGUUUCGUUCAAUAGAAAAAAUUCUAAGAAAUAAAACAUGAAUAAAAUUAUUUGAUUUUGCAUAAAAUAAUUUAAAAAAUAUUAAAAAAUUUCAUUGUCUUUAAUAAUGGCUGAGGUGACAAACAACAUUAACAACAUCAAUAGCAAUAAUGACAAUAAUAAAGUGCCCACCUUUGGUAUGCGUUACGUUCAAGCUUUGUUGAUUUUCCUAAAUAUUGUUGUGAUUUAUAUAAGUCGGUUUAACGUUGGUAUAGCAGUGGUAGCCAUGACAAAUGCUGAAACUACAAAUCCCAAUUUUCCGGAGUUUGAUUGGUCUGAAAAAGAGAUGUCUUUCAUUAUAUCCAGCUUUUAUUGGACAUACGUUUUAACACAGUUUCCUGGUGGACCGGUGUGCAAACGUUUUGGUGCUAAGGCAACUAUGCUAGUCUGUACCUUAUGCUCGGCUAUAUUAAGUGCUUUGUUGCCCUGGAGUGUUCUAAAAGGUGAUUGGAAGGCUUAUUGUGCGGUACGCUUACUUCAGGGUUUAUUUCAGGGCAUGUUAUUUCCUUGCAUACAUGAACACUUGGCUAAGUGGUCACCGCCGCAUGAAAGAAAUCGUUUAGGAGCACUUAGUCAUACAGGCAUUGAGUGCGGUUCUGUUUUGGCUUUGGGUGUAAGCGGUCUUAUUGCCGAAAGCCCUUUAGGAUGGCCAGGUAUAUCUUAUGUAUCCGCUGGUCUUUGUUUCGCUUGGUGUAUUUUGUGGUACGUAUUUGCGGCUAAUAAUGCAACGGAAUCGAAAUUUAUAACACACAGAGAAAUGAAAUAUAUUGAAACAUCUUUAGCCCGUUCGGAAGAUUUUCAUAAAAAGAAAAUUCCAACACCUUGGAAGGCUAUAGUAUGCUCUGUACCUGUCGCCGCAAUGCUAACAGCUAAGUGUGCAGAAGGUUGGGGUCUAUCCAUAAUGCAAUCUCAAAUCCCGUCAUAUAUGAAUGGUGUCCUAAACAUGGCGAUUAAAAGUAAUGCACUAUUUUCCGCUUUACCUUUUCUGGCCAUGUGGUGUAUGUCGUAUGUGUACCUAAUAGCUGCUGAUAUAAUGCAAAGAAAAAAGGGAUUGAGUUUAACGAGCAUACGUAGAAUAACUAACUCAUGUGCUUUUUGGAUAUCGGCUGUGGCUUUAGUAGGAAUAGGUUUUCUCGAUGAAGGCCAGAAACCAUGGGCUAUUGCAAUAAUGACCGUGGCAGUGGGUGUUAAUAGUGGAUGUACAAUUGGAUGUAUUUUAAAUCCCCUCGAUUUAUCACCUAAUCAUGCUGGCAUACUAAUGGGUAUCAGUAAUGCCUUUGGUAAUUUAAUGCCUCUUAUAACACCAUUGGUAGUGGGGGUUAUCGUUAGUGAUACCCAUAAUCGGUCGGAAUGGCAAUUGGUAUUCCUAAUCGCUGCCAUUAUAUUUUUUGUGGGUAACACGAUUUACAUAAUAUGGGGUACGGCCGAAACUCAACCAUGGGAUGCUGAAGACUUUUUAUUAAAAAAGGAUUUGGAAAGCAAUAGUAAAAGUGAUAAAAAUGCAAAAUGA